AUGAUAUGUGGGUAUUGCCUUCAUGGUUUUGGUAAGGAGUCGUUGGCUUUUGUUGGUGUUCUCAAGGCUUGUGGAGAAUUGAGGCUUGUGAAAGAAGGGUUCUACUAUUUUUAUGAGUUAAUGAACCAGAAGGGUCUGGAACCUGGUUUAGAGCACUAUAGGUGUAUGUUUAAUAUUCUAAUCAAGGUUGGAAGACUAGAAACAGCUUUUCGUUUCGUGGUAUCAACACCACUCAAAUGGGAUGGCAAGACUUGGAGUAGCUUUCUCCGAGCUUGUAAAGUUCGUAGAAAACCAAUGCUGUAUCACGAUGCUGUAUAUGCGAUCCCUGAUGAGGUGUCGGAUAUUAGUGAGUGGUUUGGAGCCACAGACAUCCGUGAAGCCAUAGAAUUAAAGAAUGAUAGAUUAGUAGAACCCGGGGUUAGCUGGGUUGCAAUCAAGGAUCUCACACAUAUAUUGUUGACUCGGUUGUCAAGGGAGAUCCAAAGUUUGAUGAGCAUCAUAAAAUGA